UAAUGCGCAUGCGCAGUUUGUCCAGCAUCAAUCAACACAAUGGCUUCAAGACUGCUGAGUUUGGCUCGUGGCAGCGUCCGCAGUGGACGAUUGCUGGCUCUGAGGAACUACACCAAUGGAGAGAUCGCUAUUCCUCUCACCUUCUCCUCGCCCAACUCGACGUUCUACGACAACGUGAACGUGAAGCAGGUGGACGUCAGCUCCACGACAGGAACGUUUGGCAUUCUCCCGCAUCACGUGCCGUCCAUUGCAGUUCUUCAACCUGGGCUAGUGACUGUAUAUGAAACUGACAAGACCCAGAAAUAUUUUGCAAGCAGUGGAACUGUGACUGUCAAUGCUGAUGGUACAGUCCAAAUCCUAGCUGAAGAGGCAUACCCUCUUGACAUGUUUGAUGCCCAGGCGGCGAGACAGGGCCUUGACAAGUGCAAGCAGCAGCGGAGCUCGGCCUCAUCUGAUGCAGAGCGAGCUGAGGCCGACAUUGGCAUAGAACUCUAUGAGAAUCUCAUAAAGGCUCUUGAGUGACUUGGCAAACCAGUGUAGCCAUGUCUCUGCUGUUAUUGUAUACCACACACUCUAGUCCUAUUGCUGAUAUUUGUUAUCUACACAGUCUUGCAGGUAUUCUAAAAA